GGUGAGCAGCCUCCCCCGGCGAAGCAAUAAUGUCAGCGGUGUCGCUCGGGCUGGUUUACUCCCCGAGAAAUCCCUGCCGGUAAGUCAUCCCGCCGCCCCUGCCCAUGAGCCGAACUUUCCGAUGGCAUUUACAGAUGAAAGAAGAGGGAGGGAGGGGUGCAGAGGGGCAGGAAAUAACCCCACGAACUACCAGAUGUACCCUGGCUGAUAGAGAUAAGAUGUAGGAGGUCAUAUAUAAGCCUUGACAGCGAAGUCCUGUCACCGAAAGCGGCCGACAAUGUGCUCCCGGGAAGACGCGAUGCUGCCCGCGGCCAGAGAAGCCUCCUGGGGCCCUCUACACAGGAACAUCACCACACUUAGCGUUCUCUCUCUGCUGUUGGGGCUGUUCUCCACCGCCAUCUCCCUGGGAGCCCUGGUCGUUCACAAGACCGACUUGGGACGUACUGACCCUUUGCAAGGAGAUAAACCACCAGAGCCCAGAGAAGGACCAUUUAGAAGGGUCACAUUCUUUCAAGGGCUGAGGAAUAUGACAGAAAACCACACUAAACUGAUAUGGAUUGGAAGCAAGGCAGACAGCAGCUCCCAUAACAUAUGGGAGAAAGGGAAUUACAAUGUUUACACCCAGGUAACAUUCCAGGGAAAAUGCUGCAAUAAGGAACUUCUGCUGACUAUAACUUUGUGUAAGAAGGAACAGAAGAUCAGUUUCAAGGAAUUACUCAUGACCAGUGUGUCACCCUGUGAAACUCCGGGACUGAAAACGUGGACCAGAACUCUCUCCCUCUCUGCCAUCUUCUACUUCGAGAAAGGAGACGAGAUUUAUGUCAAAACCACAAGCAUGAAAUAUGUUGAAUUCAAACACAUCUAUAAUAAUAUCUUUGGUAUUUAUAGAUUACAACACUAGGACAAAUGGUGGGUGAUUUAAGAGUGGCCUUAGUUUCCCUGUUAUUUAUUUCUGUUUAGUUUCUGUUUCUUUAUUUGAUUUGACAAUCUUUUGGUUAUCAAUCUUGCUGCCUACCUCCCUAUUUAUCUAUUUAUAUAUCAGUGAACUUUUUUAUUCUUUUCAAGUAAUAUUUUUGU